ACAUGGCGGAACAGCUAUCGUGAAACAUAAAGCAUUACAUUACAUAAAACAUUCUUAAUUUAUAUCCUACAUAUGGUAGACUAUUCAUAUUAUAACACACUUAAUAGUUUUUUAAAUCAUAAUAUUUAGACGACCUCACUCUUAUCUUGAGUAAUCCCUGACACGCCCUCUUAGAAGAGGGAGGAGCGAGAAAAACCUUAUUCUUCACCAACGUCCACAUUGUUAAUAACUCGUGGUAAAGUACAUUGAAAUGGCUUAUCCAGGAUACGGUGGCCCCCCUCCCCAAGGUGCUGGAUUUCCAGGAAUGCAACAACAGGAUCCACUUUAUGGAUACUUUGCAGCUGUGGCCGGGCAGGAUGGCCAGAUCUCAGCAGACGAGCUGCAGCGAUGCCUCACUCAGUCUGGCAUCUCCGGCAGUUAUAAACCCUUCAACAUGGAGACCUGCAGACUGAUGAUCAACAUGCUGGACAGAGACAUGUCUGGCUCCAUGGGCUUCCCUGAGUUCAGGGAGCUGUGGCAGGCUCUCAAUGCCUGGAAAACUAGCUUUUUAUCUUAUGACCGCGAUCGAAGUGGUACAGUGGAGGCUCAAGAGAUGCAUCAGGCCCUCUCCUCUAUGGGUUACAAUGUGAGCCCUCAUGCCAUGAAUGCCAUCAUGAGGAGGUACAGCUCCAAUGGAAAGAUCUCCUUUGAUGAUUUUGUGUGCUGUUGCGUUCGACUCCGUGCCUUGACGGAUCAUUUCCGACGUAGAGAUACGUCUCAAAAUGGCAACGCCACUUUUCAGUAUGAUGAUUUCAUACAGGUGACAAUGAGCAUGUGAGGAAGGACGAGCGGGAUUCCAACCUUCCUGAGUCCACGAUGCUUAUUGUGAAGAUGUCUAUACAGUAGAACCUCCAACAGUCCAACAUGAAACAUCUGCAAAUCUCCCAAUACCUCUCAGCUCAGUGAGCAUCUAAAGCGUAUGUGACCAUCUAAAGCCUCUGUUGGCUUUUUGAUAUCACCACUCAAGGGACCAGGAAAAAGUGAUGGUAACCACACAACAGGCUGCUCAGUACAGUAGUAAUUAAAUAUUAAUUAUAUACACCUUAACAUUAACCUUAACAUAAAUAGCAUAAUAGCAAACAAUUAGCAUGAACAUUAACAUCAGAAAUCCUUUUUUAGGGCACUAAAGGGUGUUUUUUAUUUAAAGGCCACUAGGUGACAGCCUUGCUUUGCUUAAGUGCCUAAGGCAUAUUUUAAAUAUUUUAACAUGAAGUCAACUCCAGCUUAGGGCAGCAUGUCAUUUUUCUUUAAUUGUUCUUUAUUCAGCUGUUAACUUCUUUUCACACUUUACAGUUAUCCAAGUUAAAUUGCUACAAUAGUUAAUACAGAUUUAAUGAUGGUGACUGUUUGACCCUGGAACGGAUUAAUUCGAGAGAAAACAAAGUUUCUAAAUCCAAACAAAAAGGAGGCCAACCAGCAUGUGUUUAACGUCAGGGUUUCCACUGUGUCAGGAAUAUUUGUGUCAUUCCAGGUAACAUUUUCAUACAAGUCACUGAGCUAACCGUAGCACUUACAUAUACUACUAUAUUUUAUCAAUUUACACACCACGUUUAUCCUAUUCACUAUAUACUGUAUACUCAUUUAAUUGUGUAAGAGAGAUAAAAAGAAAUAAGAGGAAAGGUGCUAAUAAAGUUUGGUCCUCACACGUCUUUUCAUGAUAUCCUGUUUGGUCCUCACACGACAGCAGACUUGAUGAACUGAAAAGAGAACAGGUGAUGGAAUGGAAGGAAAAGGGGUGUCAUAAUGCAAUAAAACAUUUCAUUCAGCUCUCUCAUAACUCAGCAUUAUUGUGUGUGCAAAG